GAGGUGUUUCAAGAUUGCAAAUAAUCUCUCGCAUCUUGCAAUGUCACACAACCUUUGCUUACUGAAAAGCAAAUAAUGGCCCGAGUUGGCCAAUGGCAGUCUAUUGUACAAUAGACUGAUCGUAUCUUGUGUAAAAAAGGAUUGCGGCGUGGCGAAUGAAGUGGUAGUUUUCGUUUAGUCAGGAACAGUCGGUAGACGUGCCUAGACUUCGACCCUACUAUUUAGAAAGCUCAGGGUCUCCCAUAGCUCCAACAAUUCACUUCUAUCGUGAAAAUAUCUUCGCUAUAAAUCGACUCCUUUCAUCAAUCAGUUUUCUACUCAAUCACUCUCAGCAACUCGAAUCAACAUAUCUCAAGUAAUAAUGGCAGGAAUCAAAGUCGGCGACAGUUUCCCAAGCGGGGUAGUCUUCAGCUACAUCCCAUACACUGCCGAAGCUGCUGGAAUCACAUCCUGUGGUAUUCCCAUCAAUUACGAUGCUAGCAAAGAAUGGGCAAAUAAGAAAGUCGUCCUCUUUUCCGUCCCAGGUGCCUUCACCCCAGGCUGCUCCGCGAAACAUCUCCCUGGCUAUAUCGAGAACCUGGCUGCAUUGAAGAGCAAGGGCGUUGAUGUCGUGGCUGUGAUUGCAUACAACGAUGCCUUCGUCAUGAGUGCGUGGGGAAAGGCCAACAACAUCAAGGGUGAUGAUAUCCUCUUCCUCUCAGAUGUCGGUACAGAAUUCUCCAAGAAGCUCGGCUGGACCAUGGGCGAGCGUACCGCACGAUAUGCCCUGAUCAUCGACAACGGCAAGAUCACAUAUGCGGAGAAGGAGCCUGGACGUGAGGUCAGCGUCAGCAGUGCAGAGGCUGUUCUUGCUAAGCUCUAGAGAAAAUUGGGAGAAAGGAUAUAGAGUAGACUGCGAUACUUUUGCUUUGAGCCAGUUCUUGAGAUCCCCGCUCCGUUAGCUAGAUUAGAUCAACGAUAGGAUGAUUUUACGACAUUUUGAGUUCUUACCUUGUGGGUUAGAGGCUGUAAAUUUCGUCUCGGGUCGAAAUUAUCUUUCGUACUGAGGCUUAGAGUGACUUGAAUGGUGUCUAUGGUGUCUGCAAGAACGCUCACGAGAAAUAGGUCUUGGUCUGGCG